AUGAGUACCUUCUCCUUCUCGUUCCUGCUGAUGAUCACCGGCUGCAACAGCAGCUCUUUGCUGCUCCUGCAGAGGAAGGGCAGGGGUGACUCAGAAGGCAGUAUUCACUGCGAGCUGGAUCCCCUCCUCCUUCCCGCAGCUCCCCGGCUCCCUGCCGGCACCAGCGCUGUGCCCGAGGGCCAGGGGGUGCCCGGAGCAGGGCAGAGACCGGCCCGCGUCCCCCGGGGCGGGCAGCGGGGGCUCCGCAGGGCUCCCCCGGUAUCCCCCUCCCCCUACCUGACUUCCACCUCGGGCUUGUUGUGCCGCUCCACCACUUGCGAGGAGAAGUUCUCCAGGCACAGCGCAGCCUGCAGCGUGGCGCGCACCGCGUUCAGCUCCUCCGCCAGCCGCCGCCUCCGCGUCCUGGAGGCCGAGACACAGAUCCUGACAGACUGGCAGGAUAAGAAAGGCGACCGGCGGUUCCUGAAGCUGAGCAAGGACCACGAUGUGGGCACAUCUGUCAAACAUGGGAAGCCCAAGAAGCAGAAGCUGGAGGGCAAAGGGGGCCAUGGGACUGGGCCUGGCCCUGGCCGGCCCAAGUCCAAGAACUUGCAGCCCAAGAUCCAGGAGUAUGAGUUCCAGGAUGAUCCCAUUGAAGUGCCCCGCAUUCCCAAAAAUGAUGCUCCAAACAGGUUCUGGGCAUCAGUGGAGCCGUACUGUGCCGAUCUCACUAAUGAGGAGGUCAGAGUCCUGGAGGAGCUGCUCAAGCCGCCAGAGGAUGAGGCUGAGCAUUACAAGAUCCCGCCACUGGGGAAGCAUUAUUCCCAGCGCUGGGCACAGGAGGACCUGCUGGAGGAGCAGAAGGAUGGAGCCCGGGCAGCAGCUGCUGCUGACAAGAAGAAAGGUGUCCUGGGGCCACUGACUGAGCUGGACACCAAAGAUGUCGAUGCCCUGCUGAAGAAGUCGGAGGCCCAGCAUGAGCAGCCAGAGGAUGGGUGUCCCUUCGGUCCCCUGACGCAGCGUCUCCUGCAGGCCCUUGUGGAGGAAAACAUCAUCUCCCCCGUGGAGGACUCCCCCAUCCCUGAGAUUGCCGGCAAGGACUCAGGAGCUGAUGGUGCCGGCACGUCUCCCCGUAGCCAGAACAAGCCCUUCAGCGUCCCCCACACCAAGUCCCUGGAGGGUCGGAUCAAGGAGGAGCUGGUGGCCCAGGGCCUGCUGGAUGGGACAUCCCGCGCCAAAACUCCCGCACGGGCACAGCUUGUUCCCAUGACCCCACGAUGA